AUGGAAGCCUCAUCCAGUGUCCGAUUCAUCGAUAUGCGUUCAUGGAAAGCAACGGCCAGCACCUUGUUCGGCGAAGUUCCAGCUUCGGCCUCGAAUUUUGUCAGCAACAUGCCGUCCAGCCCUUCAAUGAUGAAUUACAUGCCCACAUCUAUUGGAGGCAGUUUCACUGAUCUUAAACAGCAAGAUUCAAAUCCGUCUGCCACUAAUUUAGAGAAAAAAGAGUUUCCUUAUCCGAAUAAAAGCAAUGAUUCUCUUGUUGAUAGUCUUAAAGAAGAAGAAGGACCAUGGGUGACCUAUAGAUUUCAACUAUCAAAAUGGGACUCAAAAUUGGAAAACGAUCAACCAAAAGAAACGCUUGUGGAUGGAUUCGAUGGGGUAUUAACCAAACAAAUUGUUGCAAGGACUUUAUCCAGAAUAAAAAAGAUUCCUGAGUUUGUUGACGAUUAUGCUUAUACCAAAUGCGUUUUAACUAAAAAAAAAUUAACCAAUAUAGAUUGUUUGAAUUCCUAUCAGUACCUUCAAUAUCUCGACGUUUCUUCAAACAAACUCACUACAUUGAAACCAUUAGAAAAUUUAUGUUUCCUCAAAAUUCUAGAUGCCUCGCAUAAUUCGCUCACAUCUGUAUUAGAUUUCAAGGCCCCAUUUUUCUUGACCACCGUCAAUUUGUCUUACAACAGAUUCAAACACAUAAGAGAUUUGAGCCAAUUUUGGUCUCUGACCGAUUUGAAUUUGUCGCACAAUUUCAUCAAAGCUAUCGAUGGGCUUGAAAACUUACGUUAUUUAAUGACUCUUAAACUUAACUCAAAUCGUAUAGAAAUCCUGGAAAACUUGGACGAUCUCAGAUUGCAAUUCCUUUUUCUCCAAGAUAACGUGAUUAAAUUGGACGAGGCCGAUGAAACUGCCAACAUUGAUUCAAUGAAAAUGUUACGAACGAUAAAUUUGAGUUACAACCAAAUUACUUCGCUCAGGGCUUUCGAAAACGUCCUAAAUUUGGAAAGCUUGGAAAUUGUCAACAAUAACAUAUCAAAGCUGGUCGAUAUCUAUUAUUUAAGACACCUUAAGUUUUUGAAUAAGUUGAAUUUGACCGGCAAUCCUGUAACCAAUGUUAGAAGGUACAUUGAAGUCUGCCUGUUGAAUAUUAAAAAUUUGGUUUUAUUGAACGGCGAACACGUUAAUUCCGACUUUUGGCUGGAAAAGUUGAGCAGCAUAAUGGGUACGAAUCAAUCUCAAGCUGAAGCCAAUGAGAGAUUGAGGCUACUUAUGUUGGAAGAAUUAAAUCCGCCUCAAAUAUGGAGCUGGUUAGUACCAUUUGAUCGACCUCCAUUAGCUGUUAUAGUCCUGGUAGGACUCCAAGCCUCCAGACGAGCUUAUACGGCCCGGAAAUUUUGUAGUAAUCACAAAAAUGUGGUAGUUGGUAUUCCACAUACCACCAAGCCGAAACAUCCUAACGAAGUGGAUGGAGACUAUUUCUCUUUUAUCGAAAAAGACAAGUUUUUGGAGAUGCUGAAAAAGGGGGAAUUUUUGACUUAUCAGGAAAAUGUUGGCAAUUAUUAUGGAAUUGCUCAUAGCGAAUUUAAAAAAGCCGAAAAAGCCAUUAUAAUGUUUUACACCGACCUUACUAUGGCGUUGGCGAUAAAAAGGAAAUUCUUGAACACCGUGUUGGUGUUGGCCAUUCCCAGUACGAGAAAAGCUCAUUUGGACAGGCUCAGCAAUUUAUUUGCCAUCCAUUUAAUCGACAAAAACACUUUCAAAAUCCAAAUUGCUCCAGUGGUUGCUACGGCUUGUCAACGCACGUUUGAAAUCGAGAAGCAACGGGUGCUGAACAAAUCAGAAAAUGAUAGUUUAGAUGAUGAUGAUGAGAAAUCAACCGGUGAAGGUGUCCACCCUUUAUUGAAAGUAGAUGAAAAUGAUAUUGACACCAUUUCGAGUGAUUCAUUUUGGGACGCUCAGAUUGAUUUCGAGGAUUACAACAAAGCGAGCAUUAGCGAUAUUAUACAGAUUUGGUGGGCUCACACUACUCCUGCACAUUCAUUGAGUAUGAUAAUUGCACCAACUGCCCUGUCCUCAAUGCACAUCUCCAAGAAUGCUAAUUUAAGCAGAGAAGAUUCUAAGGUAAUCUUUGCUUUAUUAGAAAUCGGAGUUUGA